AUUUAUUUUUAUGCAAAUUCUAAUAAAAUAUUUUUUUUUUUUAUAUUAUUUUUUAGAACUUUAAUUUCUAUUUCAUCUAAUUCAUGAUUAGGAUGUUGAAUGGGACUAGAAAUUAAUUUAUUGAGAUUUAUCCCCCUAAUUUCAAAUACAAAAAAUUUACUUAAUACAGAAGCAGCAUUAAAAUAUUUUUUAACCCAAUCAAUUGCUUCAAUUAAUUUUUUAUUUUCUAUUAUUUUAAAAAUAAUUUUAUUCAAAAAUUUUGAAAUAAAUAAUUUUCUUUCAAUUAUAAUUAAUUCUUCUUUAUUAAUAAAAAUAGGAUCCGCCCCAUUCUAUUUUUGAUUUCCAAAUAUUAUAGAAGGACUUUCAUGAAUAAAUUGUUUUAUUCUAAUAACCUGACAAAAAAUCUCCCCCAUAAUUCUUCUUUCUUACUAUAUAAAUAAUAAUUUUAUUAUAUUAAUUAUAAUAUUAAACGCCAUAAUUGGUGCUAUUAGAGGAUUUAACCAAACUUCUAUUCGAAAAUUAAUAGCUUUCUCUUCUAUUAAUAAUUUGGGAUGGUUAAUAGCUAGAAUAAUAAUUAGAGAAAAUAUAUGAUUAAUAUAUUUUUUACUAUAUUCAUUUUUAAACUUAAUUUUAUGUUUUUCAUUUUCAAUAUUAAAUAUUUUUUAUAUUAAUCAAAUUUUAAAUUUUAAUUUAAUAACAAUUAUUAAAAUAUCUUUAAUAAUUAAUUUUUUUUCUUUAGGAGGUUUACCUCCAUUUUUAGGAUUUUUCCCUAAAUGAAUUAUUAUUAAUUUUUUAAUAAAUAGAAAUAUAUAUAUAUUAUGUUUUAUUUUUAUUAUAUCUAGAUUAAUUAUAUUAUUUUUUUAUAUUCGUAUAAUUUAUCUUUCUUUUUUAUUAAAUUUUUUUAAAUUAAAAUGAUUUAAAAUUAAAAUCAAAAAUAAUUUUUUCUCUAUUAUUAAUUUUUUUUCUUUAAUUUCUAUAACAGGUUUAAUUAUAAAUAGUUUUAUAUUUUUUUAA